AUGUGGGACGAUGUUCACCUCGAUGAAAAGUGGUUCAAUGCUGAUACCAACGUGCGGAAGGUGUACCUGACGGAUGGAGAAGAGCCCGAGCAACGUGCAUGGCCAAGCAAGAAGUUUAUCCCUAAGGUCAUGUUCCUUGCCGCAGUCGCGCGGUCCCGAUACGACGAAGAGCGUGGCACCUACUUCGGCGGCAAAGUUGGCAUGUGGCCAAUCGUUGAGUAUGCACCAGCGGUUCGAAACUCGCGCAAUCGUCCUGCGGGCACGAUGGUCGCGACUUUGGUGAAUGUUGAUGCUCCUUUGUACCGCGAGUACAUCUUGACACGUGUUGUUCCAGCAAUCAAGGCUACCUUUCCUACCUCGAACAAGCGUGUUGUGCUCCAGCAUGACAAUGCCACACCUCACGGCGGCAUCACGAGCGCAGACCUUCUGAGCGUGUCCACUGACGGUUGGUCCUUUGUUGUUCGCUGCCAGCCGCCGAACAGUCCAGACUUGAAUGUCUUGGAUCUUGGGUUCUUCUCGUCGCUUCAAACCCUUCAACACAAGUUGGUGAGUCGUUCGUUAGACGAUGUCAUUCAUGCCACACUCGCUGCUUUUGAGCUCAGCGGCGGCCAUACACUCGCUAAUGUGUUUCUCACCCUGCAAGCCGUGAUGCGCGUUAUGCUGGAGAACAAUGGCGGCAAUACCUUCCGAUUGCCUCAUUUGCGUAAGGAUUCAUUGCGCCGUGUCGGGGCACUCAUGCCCAACGUCUCCUGCCCAGCUUCAUCGUUGGUCUAA